UCUAUCAAUCAUAUCACCAAGUUUAUACAACCAUGUGUUUAUCUCUCUCAUCACGUCCUAACUGGCUCAGUUUAGCCAGAGCUAGGAUCUAUCGAGAUUUGGAGAUUCCUAUCUUGUCAAAAAUCACUUUGCGAUGUUUAAUCUUGCCUUAAAAUGGUGUAUUAUAAGAUCCGACGCAGGCCAAUAGGCCAUCUAGAGCUACAAAAAUGGAAGGUGGAGUAAAGGGUGUUGAAUAUCAAGCCCAGCCAAGAGAUGCUUACAAGAUUGCUUACAUUAUUCAUUUCUUGCUGGGAGCAGGCAAUUUGCUUCCUUGGAAUGCAUUCAUCACCGCCGUUGAUUAUUUCGGGCAUCUCUAUCCCACCAAGCAUGUUGAGAAGGUCUUCUCUGUCGCUUACAUGAGUUCUUCGGUACUCGUAUUGCUUGUGAUGAUGACAUGGAGUGGCUGGUGGGAGAAGAUGAGUCCUAGGCUGAGACUCAACUUGGGAUUUUCUCUGUUUGUUCUCUCGUUAAUGGUGGCUCCAAUUACGGACUGGCUUUCGCACAGUUCUGCGUUGAGUAGUGGGAGAGCUAAUGCAGGUUAUGGCGUCACAGUUGCAUCAGUUGUAGUGUGUGGCUUAGCUGAUGGCUUGGUAGGAGGAAGCUUGAUGGGAUCCGCCGGCAAGCUUCCGAAAAAAUACAUGCAAGCUGUUUUUGCAGGAACCGCUUCUUCAGGUGUGAUAAUUUCUCUGCUGAGGAUUUCAACCAAGGCGAUGCUUCCACAAACCCCGAAGGGACUACAAACAAGCGCGCACUUGUACUUCAUCGUCAGCACCAUGUUCCUCCUGUGCUGCAUCCUCGCCUGCAACUUGUUAUACAGGUUGACAGUCAUGCAGGAACACUGCAGGCUUGCUCAAGAAGAACCUUAUUGCGCAAGACCAAAAUUUUGGGACGUGGCGCGAAAAAUCCCCGUGCCAGCUUUUGGGAUUUUCGUAACCUAUACAGUGACUCUGUCGAUUUUUCCAGGAUUUAUUGCCGAAGAUCUCGAAUCCAAUCUUUUUCGAGAUUGGUAUCCUAUUUUGCUGAUCACAGUGUACAAUGUUGCAGAUUUAGUGGGAAAAUCAUUGACUGCAGUAUAUCUUCUAAAGAGCAUUAAAAGGGCAACUUUGGCUUGCAUUGCAAGGCUCCUACUUUAUCCAAUCUUCACCGCUUGCCUCCAUGGACCGCCAUGGCUGAAAACUGAAAUUCCAAUGGGGGUUCUCACAUUUAUGCUUGGAUUGACCAAUGGGUAUCUGACAAGUGUUCUCAUGAUGACUGUUCCGAAAACUGUGCCGGCUUCUGAAGCGGAGCUAUCUGCCAUUGUCAUGGUGGUGUUCCUUGGAGUUGGCUUGGUUAGCGGCUCGGUUCUCGGGUGGUUCUGGAUUUUAUGAGGUUCCUUUGUUAGAAAUGUCAAUGUAUGUAAGCUCGUGUCUCUGUUAGAAGUGUUUUCGUAGUCCGAUUACUUAGCCCUGGUGUGUAAUUCCGUAGUUCUGCUCUAUUGAAUCGAAAACUUGCCUCUGCCACUUUCCAAGAUU